AUGUCAUUCAUUCAUUCAUAUUUUCUCUUUCUUUUUAUAAAUGUUUUUCAUUCUUACAUCUUUCUUUAUCUUUCUUCCUUCAGUUUUUUCUUUCUUUUUUUAAAAUGUCAUUCAUUCAUUCAUAUUUUUCUCUUUCUUUUUAUAAAAUGUUUUCAUUCUUACAUCUUUCUUUUAUCUUUCUUCCUUGUUUUUUUCUUUUCUUUUUUCUUUCCUCAAUGUCAUUCAUUCAUUCAUAUUUUCUUUCUUUUUAUAAAUGUUUUUCAUUCUUACAUCUUUCUUUUUUUCUUCCUUAUUAGUUUUUUCUUUUCUUUUUCUUCCUCAAAUGUCAUUCAUUCAUUCAUAUUUUUCUUUCUUUUUAUAAAAUGUUUUCAUUCUUACAUCUUUCUUUAUCUUUUUCUUUUUCUUUUUUUUUUUCUUUCUUUUUCUUCCUCAAAUUUUUUCUUAUUGUUUUUUUUUUCUUUUUCUUCUUUCAAAUGUCAUUCUUCAUUCAUAUUUUUCUUUUUUUUUUAUAAAAUUUUUUUUUUUUUUCUUCCUCAAAUGUCAUUCAUUCAUUCAUAUUUUCUCUUUCUUUUUAUAAAAUGUUUUUCAUUCUUACAUCUUUCUUUAUCUUUCUUCCUUAUUAGUUUUUCUUUUCUUUUUUUCUUCCUCAAAUGUCAUUCAUUCAUUCAUAUUUUCUUUCUUUUUAUAAAAUGUUUUUCAUUCUUACAUCUUUCUUUAUCUUUCUUCUUUAUUAGUUUUCUUUUCUUUUUUUCUUCCUCAAAUUUUUUCUUUUCUUUUUUUUCUUCCUCAAAUGUCAUUCAUUCAUAUUUUCUUUCUUUUUAUAAAAUGUUUUUCAUUCUUACAUCUUUCUUUAUCUUUCUUCCUUAUUAUUUUUUUUUUUCUUUUUUUCUUCCUCAAAUGUCAUUCAUUCAUUUUUCUUUUUUUUUUAUAAAAUGUUUUUCAUUCUUACAUCUUUCUUUAUCUUUCUUCCUUAUUAGUUUUUCUUUUCUUUUUUUUCUUCCUCAAAUGUCAUUCAUUCAUUCAUAUUUUCUCUUUCUUUUUAUAAAAUUUUUUCUUUUCUUUUUUUUCUUCCUCAAAUGUCAUUCAUUCAUUCAUAUUUUCUUUCUUUUUAUAAAAUGUUUUUUUCAUUAUCAUCUUUCUUUAUCUUUCUUCCUUAUUUUUUUCUUUUCUUUUUUUCUUCCAUAA